AUGCCAGCAAUGAAGUUACCCCAUCAGUAUAAUUGAAUAUUAUGUUUAUAGAGCAGAGCAUAAAUAAUUAAAUUACUUCAAGAUACUUCUCCUAAACAGAAAAUUAAUGUUUCAAGAGCAAAAAUGGUAACUCAAACAGUUGAUUAAGAUACAAGCAUAAAGCCAAAAUACCAUAAUAAUAAAUGGUUAAAGCUAAGCAACAUUAGUGAAUAAUCUUUCCAAUGAAUGUGAGAUGUAAGAUUACGUGUAAUUGUUCUUUUCAAAGUAUCACAGUUAUAAAUUAAGGUCUCAAGCUGGUUAAAAUGUAAAUGGUCAAACUAAAACCAAUUAAAAUAGUGUUAUAAUUAUUAAUAAUUUAGGCGAAUCAAAAACAGAUACAUUUUCUCAGUUUGUGAUGGACAUGGAGUCUACGGGUACUAUGUUUCUUAAUUAGUCAAAAAAGUACUUCCAACAACUAUUGAUCAAUCGAUAAAAACUUUUAUUGGAAAAUAAGAAUAAGAUUUUAUGUGAAGCUUACGAAUCUGAAAUACAAAGGUUUUGAAAUA